GCCUCCGACAUUGCUGCGAACGGCACGGUUGCUACUUCUGGAAUGAUUUCUGCAACAGGGACGAUUGCUACCUCCGAGACGAUCGCUGAAACCGGCACAAUUGCUGAAUCCGGCACGAUUGCUGAAACAGGCACGAUUGCUGAAACAGGGACGAACGAUGAAACAGGGACGAACGACGAAAGACCAGGGAUAGCAACGUCGUCGUCUGAACUCCCGUCUACCGUUGGUACUCAAACACCAGGGUUACCAAUGUCAUCUGCAACAGAGAUCAAGUCCUCGUCUGAAUUCUCGUCUACCGGUGGUGGCGUGACUCGAACGACUCAAACCCCUGCCUCCAGCAGCUGUCGCGACGAGCCGCGACCCACCUUGCCAUUCGGCCCACAUCAAUCUCCGACGGGCAACAGCCAA